AUGGAAGAAUCUGGAAGCCGCCGAUCGCGUGCAAACGCCCACAGCUCAUCGAGCGAGUCAUAUAAUACACCAACUACUUCAAAGCUACGCACUGUUGUGGAGCCAAGAAUGCUAGACAUUCGGGACCAAGUGGAAAACAUCACCAAUGAGGAACUCGCCGCAAAUGAGAGAGCGACUGCAGCGCUUAAUGGUUCAAAACUGAGACCACUAAAAGUGAAACCGAAGAGCAGCGGGUUCUUGUCACGGAUGAAGGCCUUGAAUCCUACUUCGAGCUCGAAACUGAACAACAACGGCAACGGCGACAGCCAUUACCAUAACGAUCGCGAAAAAUUGAAGACACUUAUCUCCUCUCCGCAGCCAAUCGCCCAGGACAAGGUCAAGGUGGCUGUGGGCAGUGAAGUGCCCAUCUCCGCUGUCAACGCGGGAACAAGAAAGGUCCUCGUAACCUGCAACGACUCGUUGAUAUCCCUCCCGAUUACCCCCAGCACGCAGGCACAGGACCUCUUAAACUCUGCAGCGUACUCUUUGUCGGAGAAUAUUGACCCACAAUCUUCAAUUCUUUUGGAAUCUUUCAAGCAGCUCGGUUUAGAACGACCAUUACGAAGAUACGAACAUGUGCGUGAUGUCUUGAAUUCGUGGGAUUGCGAUGCGCAGAACCAUUUAAUCGUGUCGCGACUGCCGGAUAUGCGCGAAAGGGAGGGCCUCGAUAUCAAGCUGGCUCCUCGUAAGCAGCCCUCGGAAUCCGAAUUCCAUCUUUACCACUCUCAACGCCACGGCAAGUGGGAAAAGCGUUGGGUAACCCUGCGGUCAGAUGGCCAGGUCUCCGUUGCGAAGAAACAGGGCGGAGAAUCCACGAAUAUCUGCCAUCUAUCGGACUUCGAUAUUUACUCACCUACGUCACGGGAGACAGCGAAAAGAGUCAAGGCUCCAAAAGGCAUAGUUUUCGCCAUCAAGAGCCAGCAGAAAUUGAACAUGUUCGUAACGACGGAAAAUUACGUCCAUUAUUUUGCUACCAAUGACGAACAAACAGGGUUAGAAUGGUACAAGGCUGUUCAGCAAUGGCGAAGCUGGUAUCUCGUGAACGCUCUGUGCGAAAGCGAUAAAACGGAGAAAGCAUCCGUCAAUUCAAAUCCGAAACCUACGCGAACGGGAGUUCAGAAUACCAUGUCAAAUGGUCGCCAGAAUUCCGAUGAUUCCACUCCGUAUCAACUCGGAUCGUUCAAACCGCUUCUGGACAUGGAUAUGUCGGCGUGGAAAAUCGAGCCCGUGAGGAACAUCCCUGAGGGUAACGAGCCAUCCAAAUCAAAAGCAGUUUCCUCCCCCGGUCGCUCAAUGCACACUCAAAAACGACCCUUCACAUCCGCUGGAAAGCCCAAAAAGGAGCCUAUCAAUGCAUCAAGUCCUGACCCGUUUUCUUCUACUGGCUUACUUGGCAAAACAUAUAGCGAACGCAAAAAAGCUCUGGAAGAACGCGACAAUGAAACCCCCCAAUACGGCUUCACCGGCCUUGGACUUCUACGCAACGUAGCAGCUGAAAACUCAACACGCCCAGCAAUCGUUUCCAGCAAUCGCUCAAGCCGUCGGAGCAGUCGCGACUACGCAGCACCGCCAAACCCCACCAGCCCCACCAGCCCCAACGGUAGCACCAGCAGCUCCUUCAGCAGAUCCAAAUCGAUCAAGCAGAAACCUAAACCCCUCAUCGACCUCACGCCCAUGUACCAAGAACCGCCCCAGCAUGCGCGGAGAGGCCGCGGUGUCCCCGCAGGACCCGGGCAACCGUUAGUCGAGGCUGCCACAAGCCCUGAAGUACUUCCCGGCGCCAUCAUAGUCCCCAGCGCAACCACCUGGCGCAAACCACAGGCACAGCCAUCACAGCUGCCCACAUCACCUGACAUUACCCACCCCAACCCCAGCCGUGGCGGCGGCGGCGGCGGCGGCGGCGGAAGCGCCCACCAGAAUCGCCCGACGACAUCAUCCCAUACUCCCGGUAUCGGACCCCUCAAACGAGCCACCACAUUCCACAACAGCAAUAUCAACGAACACACGCCGCCAAUUCCGCUAUCUGAAACACCCCAAGCGCAAGCGCACGGAUCCCCCUUCGCGCCCACAGGCCUGCUGGCGCGCGCAGCUACCAUUAGCGCCGCGCGCGGCAGUGCCCGGCCUGACACUGGUCGCGGUGUGGCAACGGGCGAUAGGAAUAACUUCAAGAAGCCAAUGCUGGAUAUAUCGCAGGAUAGCCAGUUUGCAGAAGGGAGUUUGUUGAGAGGGGCGGAGGUUGACAAGGUGGGGAAGGGGUCCAAGGUUCCUGUGGCUGUGCCGGUUAUUGAUCGGGGGUGA